CGUGCAGUGGCACAAUCCCGGCUCACGGCUGCCUCGGCCUCCUGGGCUAAACGGAGCCUCCCGACUCGCCUAACAAAGUGGUGGGAUUACAGGAGAUUCCUCCCUCCUGGGAUGGAGACUCUCCUCCCCUCUCCCUGGACACAGCCCUUCACUCGGUCUUGGCCCCGCCUACUUCUCCAUCGGCCCUGCCCCCUAUCCCGAACGCUUAGUGACGCAGAGGCUGGAGACGACUCUACGCGGGCGAAGAGACGCGGGUUGAGGAAGAGGGACGGACUGCCCAUGCGCUUGGGCGCAUAGCGGCUCGCUUCGCUGUGGUCUGGAGGUGGAGCUGAGAGGGGACUCACACUCUAUAAAGGUGCGCACACCCCACUGGCGGAUUAAAUUGCGGCAGUGACGUCACAGAGACCCCGCCCCGCCCCCACAGGAGCCCCACCGACGUGGGGUUGGCAGUGGUGGAAGGACCCGGAAUUGGCGCGUGCGUACUGGCGGCCUCUCCCGCACCGACCGGCCUGGGCCCCGCCCCCGGGCGUGCGGCGCCCAAUGCGCGUGCGCGGCGGCGUCGGCGCCAGUUAUUUCUGUCCCGCCCCCCGGCCUCGGCUCUUUCUGCGAGCGGGCGCGCGGGCGAGCGGUUGUGCUUCUGCUUGUGGCGCGUGGUGCGGGUUUCGGCGGCGGCUGAGGAAGAAGCGCGGGCGGCGCCUUCGGGAGGCGAGCAGGCAGCAGUUGGCCGUGCCGUAGGAGCGUCCCGCGCGCGGCGGGCAGCGGCCCAGGAGGCGCGUGGCGGCGCUCGGCCUCGCGGCGGCGGCGGCGGCAGCGGCCCAGCAGUUGGCGGCGAGCGCGUCUGCGCCUGCGCGGUGGGCCCCGCGCCCCUCCUCCCCCCCUGGGCGCCCCCGGCGGCGUGUGAAUGGCGGCCUCGGCGGCGGCAGCCUCGGCAGCAGCGGCCUCGGCCGCCUCUGGCAGCCCGGGCCCGGGCGAGGGCUCCGCUGGCGGCGAAAAGCGCUCCACCGCCUCUUCGGCCGCAGCCUCGGCCUCUGCCUCAGCCGCGGCGUCGUCGCCCGCGGGGGGCGGCGCCGAGGCGCUGGAGCUGCUGGAGCACUGCGGCGUGUGCAGAGAGCGCCUGCGACCCGAGAGGGAGCCCCGCCUGCUGCCCUGUUUGCACUCGGCCUGUAGUGCCUGCUUAGGGCCCGCGGCGCCCGCCGCCGCCGCCAACAGCUCGGGGGACGGCGGGGCGGCGGGCGACGGCGCCGUGGUGGACUGUCCCGUGUGCAAGCAACAGUGCUUCUCCAAAGACAUCGUGGAGAAUUAUUUCAUGCGUGAUAGUGGCAGCAAGGCUGCCACCGACGCCCAGGAUGCGAACCAGUGCUGCACUAGCUGUGAGGAUAAUGCCCCAGCCACCAGCUACUGUGUGGAGUGCUCGGAGCCUCUGUGUGAGACCUGUGUAGAGGCGCACCAGCGGGUGAAGUACACCAAGGACCAUACUGUGCGCUCUACUGGGCCAGCCAAGUCUCGGGAUGGUGAACGUACCGUCUAUUGCAACGUACACAAGCAUGAACCCCUUGUGCUGUUUUGUGAGAGCUGUGAUACUCUCACCUGCCGAGACUGCCAGCUCAAUGCCCACAAGGACCACCAGUACCAGUUCUUAGAGGAUGCAGUGAGGAACCAGCGCAAGCUCCUGGCCUCACUGGUGAAGCGCCUUGGGGACAAACAUGCAACAUUGCAGAAGAGCACCAAGGAGGUUCGCAGCUCGAUCCGCCAGGUGUCCGACGUACAGAAGCGUGUGCAAGUGGAUGUCAAGAUGGCCAUCCUGCAGAUCAUGAAGGAGCUGAAUAAGCGGGGCCGUGUGCUGGUCAACGAUGCCCAGAAGGUGACUGAGGGGCAGCAGGAGCGCCUGGAGCGGCAGCACUGGACCAUGACCAAGAUCCAGAAGCACCAGGAGCACAUUCUGCGCUUUGCCUCUUGGGCUUUGGAGAGUGACAACAACACAGCCCUUCUGCUUUCUAAGAAGUUGAUCUACUUCCAGCUACACCGGGCCCUCAAGAUGAUUGUGGAUCCCGUGGAGCCACAUGGCGAGAUGAAGUUUCAGUGGGACCUCAAUGCCUGGACCAAGAGUGCCGAGGCCUUCGGCAAGAUUGUGGCAGAGCGUCCUGGCACUAACUCAACAGGCCCUGCACCCAUGGCCCCUCCAAGAGCCCCAGGGCCCCUGAGCAAGCAGGGCUCUGGCAGCAGCCAGCCCAUGGAAGUGCAGGAAGGCUAUGGCUUUGGGUCAGGAGAUGAUCCCUACUCAAGUGCAGAGCCCCAUGUGUCAGGUGUGAAACGGUCCCGCUCAGGUGAGGGCGAGGUGAGCGGCCUUAUGCGCAAGGUGCCACGAGUGAGCCUUGAACGCCUGGACCUGGACCUCACAGCUGACAGCCAGCCACCCGUCUUCAAGGUCUUCCCAGGCAGUACCACUGAGGACUACAACCUUAUUGUUAUUGAACGUGGCGCUGCCGCUGCAGCUACCGGCCAGCCAGGGACUGCACCUGCAGGAACCCCUGGUGCCCCACCCCUGGCUGGCAUGGCCAUUGUCAAGGAGGAGGAGACGGAGGCUGCCAUUGGAGCCCCUCCUACUGCCACUGAGGGCCCCGAGACCAAACCUGUGCUUAUGGCUCUUGCGGAGGGUCCUGGUGCUGAGGGUCCCCGCCUGGCCUCACCUAGUGGCAGCACCAGCUCAGGGCUGGAGGUGGUGGCUCCUGAGGGUACCUCAGCCCCAGGUGGUGGCCCGGGAACCCUGGAUGACAGUGCCACCAUUUGCCGUGUCUGCCAGAAGCCAGGCGAUCUGGUCAUGUGCAACCAGUGUGAGUUUUGUUUCCACCUGGACUGUCACUUGCCGGCCCUGCAGGAUGUACCAGGGGAGGAGUGGAGCUGCUCACUCUGCCAUGUGCUCCCUGACCUGAAGGAGGAGGAUGGCAGCCUCAGCCUGGAUGGUGCAGACAGCACUGGCGUGGUGGCCAAGCUCUCACCAGCCAACCAGCGGAAAUGUGAGCGUGUACUGCUGGCCCUAUUCUGCCAUGAACCCUGCCGCCCCCUGCAUCAGCUGGCUACCGACUCCACCUUCUCCCUGGACCAGCCCGGUGGUACCCUGGAUCUGACCCUGAUCCGUGCUCGCCUCCAGGAGAAGUUGUCACCUCCCUACAGCUCCCCACAGGAGUUUGCCCAGGAUGUGGGCCGCAUGUUCAAGCAAUUCAACAAGUUAACUGAGGACAAGGCAGACGUGCAGUCCAUCAUCGGCCUGCAGCGCUUCUUCGAGACGCGCAUGAACGAGGCCUUCGGUGACACCAAGUUCUCUGCUGUGCUGGUGGAGCCCCCGCCGAUGAGCCUGCCUGGUGCUGGCCUGAGUUCCCAGGAGCUGUCUGGUGGCCCUGGUGAUGGCCCCUGAGGCUGGAGCCCCCAUGGCCAGCCCAGCCUGGCUGUUCUCUGUCCUGUCACCCCAUCCCCACUCCCCUGGUGGCCUGACUCCCACUCCCUGGUGGCCCCAUCCCCCAGUUCCUCACGAUAUGGUUUUUACUUCUGUGGAUUUAAUAAAAACUUCACCAGUUCCUCAGGCCUUGGCUGGUUGGGGGGCUGUGGUCCUGGGGCCUGGUUUAUUGACUGUA